AUGGCAUCUUCACUUCUGAUGGGAAGCGCUGGGAAUACUCGCGGCAGCUACUGCGGCCACAUUUUACACGCAGCGAGGUAUCAGCCCAUUGAAUCCGAUAUCGUCUGGUUCGAUGAGCACGUGAAGCGCUUCACCGGGGCUCUUCCUCCAGACGGAGAGGCCUUCGAUGCCCAGAAACUGUUCUUCCGUCUAGCUCUAGAUGCCACAACUGACUUUCUCUUUGAUGAGUCUAUUAACUCUCUUUCCUCGGCGUCAUCCAAUCAGACUGGAGUUGCCGAGUCCUCUUACGAAGGCCGACAAGGUUUUGCCGAAGCGUUUGACUACGCACAAUACGUGCUCUUCCAGCGUACAAUCGCCCUCCACCUUUACUGGUUGAUCAACCCACCCAAAUUCCGACAGGCAAAUGAAACUGUUCAUCGGUUUGUUGACUACUAUGUUGAAAAAGCGCUUCGACAAACGGACCAGGAGAAAGGAGACACCCGGCUACGACAUUGUUUCCUCCACGCUUUAGCCCUUCAAUCCCGAGAUGCGAAGGUACUAAGAGAUCAGAUGGUCAAUGUUCUUCUAGCUAGUCGAGAUGACACCGCCAGUCUCCUUAGCUCCAUCUUCUAUUUCCUCGCGCGAAACCAGGAGACCUGGGAGAAACUCAAAGCCGAAGUACGGGAGACGGCAAAUUCAGGCCCAGUCACGCUGACAAAAAUCCAUGCCUUACCAUAUAUCCGCGCUGUCAUCAACGAAGCCUUGAGACUAUUCCCCCCGGUGCCAAUUAACGCCCGAGUGGCCAAUAAAAACACUACCAUCCCCAUAGGAGGUGGGUCGGAUGGCCGAUCGCCCGUAUAUAUCAAGGAAGGCCAGACUGUGGGGUACUCAGUGUGGUCUGUACAUCGCCGAACGGAUAUAUGGGGGCCAGACGCUGAGAUCUUCCGUCCGGAACGGUGGGAAAAAAGUAAACAGAACGCCUGGGAGUUCCUGCCUUUCAACGGGGGCCCUCGUGCUUGUCUUGGACAGCAAUUUGCCACAAUCCAGGCCAGCCACCUGGUGUUUCGAAUUGCGCUGGAGUUUGAGUCUCUGGACAACGCGGAUCCCGAGAUUGAGAUAAUAAAGGAGUAUCUCUCACCUGGUGAAGCUGCCAUGCUUGAUCAGAGCCGUCUAUCUACGCCAUCGCUUGAAUUCCUUGAGCCGAUUAGUGACGAUGAGGAGGAAGGAAUUGAAGGAUACCAGGAAGAGUUACAAGAGGAUGAACCGGACCAUGAUAGAGAUGAGCUGGUUAUCUCUCAUUCCUUGAAGCGACGUGUAGAUGUUUCAGAUCUAGAUGAUGGUCUCCUGCAAGAAGAAACAUCAUUAGAUGGUACACAGGCACGGACCGGCAGUGGGAGGAUUCGGAAGAAACCGCGGCUCCUAGAUGGAUUUGAGAUUGGCAAGCCAUAA